CUCUCUUCUGCAGCUCUGCAAAAAUCAGAAUUCGACCAUUCUUAUUUCCUCACCGAAUUGCAGAGAAGCUCGCUCAGCUAGGGUGUUUUUUAACCCCUCUGUUCCUGACCCUGUCAUGGCUCUUCAAAUUUCUCUCUCGUCUCCUUUGCGUUCUACAACCUCGUCGUCUUCAUGGUCACUGACCCAGCCUGUUGUACUGAACGAUCAAAUUCGUUAUGUUGGGGAUCGAUCUUCUAGGUUUUCGGGGAGUAUUUUGAAGAAUGUCGAGAGGAGGAGAGAGGUUAGAGUUUCUGUGAGGUCGAGCUUGGACACGGCAGGACCGGUUGUCGGGCAGGUUACUGAGGUCAAUAAGGACACGUUCUGGCCUCUGGUUAAAGCCGCUAGUGAUAAGGUUGUCGUCGUCGACAUGUACACGCAAUGGUGUGGUCCUUGUAAGGUGAUGGCCCCAAAAUUCAAAGAACUCUCUGAGAAGCACCUCGACGUUGUUUUUAUGAAGCUUGACUGCAACAAAGAAAACAAGCCAUUAGCAAAGGAACUAGGGAUAAAGGUAGUCCCUACUUUCAAGAUCCUCAAGGACAGCAAGGUUGUAAAAGAAAUUACUGGGGCCAAAUUUGGUGACUUAGUUGCUGCAAUUGAAUCUGUUAAAUCCAGUUGAUGAUUCUCAUCUUCUUCUUACUGUUAUUUCCAUUGUAUCCAAUAUCAAUUGUCCAUGAGGUAUGGAUUGCAUCCAGAUCUAAAUGUCAUCUGUAUUUGGUUG